AUGUUCCUACGCAUUUCCCGGCCCAAUUCGUCGACACAUCAAUCAACGGUUUGCCCCUCCUUGAGCAACGAUAGUCAGAGCUUACUUUCUCCCAGCAAGAGUGUCAGUCAGAGUUGGAAUCUGGACUGCCAAGAGGCCCAUUCAGCCGCGUCUGGGUCUCCGGAUGUGGCUGAUCCGAUCGGUAUCCACGACGUCGAAGUUCGUCAUCGUCAAGUCUCAAUCGAGCACGGAUUGACGCUUCUGCUACAUCUCACCACCUACAGCUCGCAGCCAUUGAGUCCACUUCUCUGCCAGUUAAGCCUACGUCUGUUGUCCGGAGGCCGAGCUGUGCUGCGGUUGUCGCGGCAGCCGCGGCAACUGGCUGACUGGGCCUGGGAUCCGAGACAUGUAGAUCUGGAGGGGCAAGAUGGCGAACUCGGAUCCGAGUUGACCGUCAUGCUAAACACCUCGCGGGAGGCCCUACACUCUGGAGACUGGCACAAGUUGGAUCUGAAAAAAAUGACGCCUCUCACUGGCGAUGCCGCUGAAAUGUCUGGAGAUGAACCAAAUCAAGAGUCCGAUCCUGAAAAUCUUGAAUACUAUGGCAGAGGACGCAGGGCUAGCUUUGCUUUGUGGCUCCGACCGAGUUGCAAAAACGAGGUCAAACCAUCAUUGGUACUCUCCUUGCCCAAGGUUGGUAUAAGAGGUGUCUGGUCAUGUUUCAACAUGCAGGCACUUUUAAAUGAUAUGAGGGGAAGGAAAACUUUCUAA